AUGGCCACCUCUUUGGCUGCGCAGCUCGCGCAGAUCGCUGCCGGCUCCAAGAACACCCUCGACCUCAAGGCGCAGAAGGCCGCCCACUCCAAGUCUCUGAUCUUCGAGGCCCGCGUCGCCGCCUCCCAGAACUACCAGACCCUCUACAGCAUCUGCCGCGAGGGCUACGACGAGCUCUGCCACCUCGACGCCCGCUUCGCCUCCUUUGCCAGCACCCUCUUCAGCGAGCAGAGCCAGGAUGAGGACCGCAGCCAGAUGUCCGCGGCCGAGAACGCCGAGCUCGACAAGCGGAUAGACUCCUUCCUGCGUCUGGUCGGAGGCCGAUUGAGGCUCAUGCCUGCCGUAAAAGCCGUGGAAUGGCUCAUCCGGAGAUUCAGGAUACACGAGUACAACACGGCCAUUCUCCUCUCGACCUUCCUGCCGUACCACACGAUACCGGCCUUCGUGACCCUCCUCUCCAUACUCCCGCCUACGAUCCCGAACGAGUACCGCUUCUUGAGCCCCUACGUCAAAUCCCUGACCUCGCCGCCACGUGCUGUCUUGGUCCACCAAGCCACCCACCACCCCGAAUUUCUCUCGACCAUCUCCGCCUACACUCUGGAGACAUGCCGGAACCAGCAGCAGUACCCCGCUCUCAUAUCCUUCUGGGGCGGCAUCAUGAUUGAGGCUGUCAAUGGCAUGUUGGACAAGAUGCGAUCCGGCCGCCGCAGCAUCCAGAGGAGCAACGACCAGACCCUGCUGCACCAGAUCGGCCCUGUCCUUAGCGAGGCCUUGGUCAUGAAGAAGGUCCCGAGUCUGCAGAUCGCGUCCUACAUGGUCAUUGUUGCGUUCGUGUCAAAGGGCAACCUGGACGAUGGCACCAUCACCGCCCUGAUGGAACAGUUGGUUGCUGGUUGGACUACCGAAACUCUGCGCCCGGGUCUGGUGUGCCUGUCUAUCCUGGCCCAAUACCGAUCGCCGAAGCAGAUGUCGAGAAAGAUCACAAAGGCCUUGUUGAACGUGUCCGGGUUGCCAGAGAUGCUCGAUGACAUUAGCAAGGAACACAGGAUCGAGAAGCUGUCCAAUGGUUUCUGCUUGGCACUGAUCGACAGGCUGGUCAAGAAGGGCGAUACGGCCGGUCUACAGUUCAUCGAGUCCAUUGUACCCAAGAAGACCCUGAGCGACCAGCAGCUCUCCGUCGUGUUCAAGUCGCUCAUGUUGGCAGCCCACAAGCUGGACGACAGCGUGGACGAGAACGGUCACGGCAGACAGGCGUUGGCGGCCACGAUUAUCCGACUGUCACAGACGACCGGAGAUGCUGGCCAAGUCUUUGCCAAGGCCAUCAGCGACACGGAAAUCGACAUCGAAGCUCUAGAGAUGAGACUUGAUGCCAAGAUCCGACCGAAAGCCAUUGCGAAUGAGGCUCAGGAAGGAACCGGACAGGAUGAUGUCGACGGAGACGUGCCCAUGGCCGAGGAAGACUUCGAAACCGCAUUCGAGCGUAUCAACCAACAUGCAACAGCGACACCUACGUCCUGUCUGCUGCCAUCUCCGCCGGAUGUCUUUACGGAUCUUUGCUCCCUCUAUCUCUCGGCAGUACCUGACCGUGGCAACCUGGCCACCUUCCAGAGAGCUGCAGCGGUGCAAAGAGGUGACGCUCCCAAGAACGUCUUCUUCUUCACCUUCCUCAUCCGCAUCUGGUGUGGGCCGUACCCGACAUUGGCAAGACUGAGUGCGAUUGACAUGGCCAAGGAACGCCUAAAGAACAACGACUGCGAAUCGGUUGACUUCCAGUCUCUCAUUCCCUACUGCAUUGCUGCUCUCAGCGACCCCGCUAAGAAGGUUCGCCGCUCUGCUGCAGAUUUGCUUACCGUCCUGGACAGCCUUGCAGUUGGUACCUCCAAGGCAUCUAUGCGCUGGGGGUCACAGGAUCUCUACGAAGGCACCGAGCCUACACCAUCAUUGGAGGAAAGCUCUAACCGUAAACUUGUGCACAACAUCCUCAUGCCCUCUCUCGAGGAGUGUGUACUAAAUGCAGACCACGUACACGCUGUCAUUCAGACGUCAUUGGGAAGCAGCGGCUCAAGAUCUUCGCUUGAUGGAUCCGAGAAGGACAAGAAGAGCCACGUCUCGCACAGCACACGUCUCGCUAUUCUUACGUUCCUCUCUGGGCACGCUGUACAGACGUCGUUGUUGGCCGUCAAGCUCAGACUUCUGCGACCACUGAACCAAAUCAAGGGUGUAUCAGGGACAACACGCACCACCUUGUUACUGCCUUUGCUACAAUGGUGGGUAUCGUUGCCCGCCAAAUCUGCACAAAACCUUUGCUCAGAGCAGAAUGUCGACGAAAGCGUAUUUGACACUGCCGCCGUUGAGACGGUUGUGCCAAGUGACAGCCAAGGCCUUGAAUUUCUCCUUGAGUCGGUUGAGCAACCUAGUAUCUCGGCAAGGGAAAACCUACUUCACAACAUGUUCUCCCGCAUCGGAAAGAUGUGGCCGUCGAUGAAGGCCGAAGCAAGAAACGUAGUAGCAGAGAAGUUGCUACACAUGGCCAGGGAAGACUUGAAUGGAGAACGUUCUUUGAUUGCUUCUGAAGCGGCCGAUCUGCUCAGACAUGUCGAACUCACCACCGAGAUACUCCUCGCCUUCUUGGAUUCCCUACAAAACACUGCCAAAAUGGCCACUGAGACACCUCCAAACAAGAGGCGGCGUACAAGCGCAUCGGAGUCCAGCCGUGGCAUCAGGUCCGAGUCGGACCAUGGCCUGACGCACGCACUGAGGCAAGUGACCUUCGUGCUCCAGCUAGUCGAGGGUUCCGAUCCAGUUCAACAUCCACAUCUGCUCAAUGCCUUGUUCAAUACUCUGUCUGAGUUGCAACACUUCCGAACUUUACUCGGCUCAGAUCUCGGUUACCUGCAAAAUCUUGUUCUCCGAAGCUUGCUUGCUAUGGUGCCGGCAUACAAGGAUGAUAAGACGCUCAAGAUUGACGGCUCAGGCGGUCAUGGUGAUCUCUUGGUGAAUUGCAUCCAGAAGUCUUCCAGCCCUGCGGUCCAAAACACUGCUCUUCUGCUUGUCGCGAGUCUCGCCAACGUCGCUCCCGACUUGGUACUUCAUAGUGUGAUGCCAAUUUUCACCUUUAUGGGAAGCUCGGUAUUGCGCCAGAGCGACGACUACUCGGCACAUGUUAUCAAUCAGACCGUCAAGGAGGUCGUGCCUCCAUUGAUCCAGUCGUUGCGUAAAGGAAAGAAGAGCCCCGUCGCUGGAGCGUCUGAGCUUCUUCUCAGUUUUGCCACUGCUUUCGAGCAUAUACCCUCGCAUCGGAGAUUUGGUCUGUUCGUCUCGCUUCUGGAGACUCUGGGCUCGGAAGAGUUCCUGUUUGCUCUCUUGUCGAUGUUGGUGGACAAGUAUGGCUCGACGGCUGACGUUCUGUCAUUUUCUAACGAAGUCUUCAAUCACUUCUCCGUAGAGGUGCAGCUGCAGUCAUUGAUCAAACUGCUCAACCUGAUAAGCGAUCUCUUCCAGCCGAGACCUGGCCUCUCAGCAGCCCUUCUUGGUAUCAACGAAGAUCGAGAUAGGGACCCCAAAAAGAUCGCCCUUGCGCAGCUUGAUCUGCCACCACAACUCCUGUCAAGCAAGAGACUGAGUAGUCAAAUCAGCAAGCUCACCGAGAGAGACGACAUGGAUGCCGCUAAGGUCCGGGAACUGUAUUCGACGCUGCUUGAGGAUCUUCUGUCUCUCGCAGAAAGCCUCAAAGGCCACAAGGCAUUGCACGAGAGAUGUGGCGAUGCUCUUCCCAGGCUUCUCAACCUCCUCUCGAUUGGAGAGUUCAUCAAGGCCGUUGAAAAUCUGCUUGACCGACCUGACAUUAUCAUUCGCAGGAAGGUCCUCCGUGCUCUUCAGGUACGAAUUGAUCGGGAAGGCCAGGCUGACCCUACCUCGCGAGCCGCUCUCCUGGCAUUCUUGCCGCAGCUGACCGCAAUAAUCCGUACAUCCGACGACAUGCUCUACAAGUACACUGCUGUCGAGUGCGUGGAUAGCAUUGCCGAGAAGUAUGGCAAGAAGGAUCCCGAGGCGGUGGCGGCUGCUGCUAUGACCAUUGCGGGCGACCAAUGUCUUGGCCAAACUGACAUUCGUCUCCGGAGUCUCGCUUUGGUGUGCCUGGCGUCUCUGGUUGAUGUACUGCAAGAUGGUAUGGUUCCUGUCCUGCCAUCAGCGAUUCCCAAGUGCCUUGCGUACAUGCAGGAGAGCAUCGCCGAAGGCACCAAGAGCUCGUCGCUGCACAAUGCAGCCUAUACACUGAUGCAUGCACUCGCCCAACACUUGCCCUACAUGCUGUCGGGCUCUUAUCUACAGCAAUUGCUUGCAGUGUCUAGCGCAUCCGCCGAGGCGAGCCUCGACACCGAAUCGAAUGACUCCAGGCUCCGAUGUCUUCAGUUCCUGGCAAAGACGGUCGAUGCCAAAGCCAUCUUUACCGCACUGGAAGGCAACUGGACUGUGGCGACGGAUCAUGGAUUCAGCGCUAUGCUGGAAUUUGUCGAUAUCCUCGGUCUCGCUAUUGAUAAGCACUCGAAGUCAGAUAUUGCAAAGAACGUCAGCUCCUUGUCGAACAUCUUCUUCUCUGCCUUUGACCUUCGCCGUGUGAAGCACAGCCAGGGCGACGAAAGCCUCAGCGCUCGCAACAUCUCCCGCAUUGAGGAUACCGUCAACGCCGUGGCUCUGCGCAUGGUCUACAAGCUCAACGAUGCCGCAUUCCGGCCCGUGUUCUCGCAGCUCAUGGACUGGGCUGUGUCGCUGCCCAAGUCUGACACCACCGGACGCAACCUCCGCCUCCUCGGCGUCUUUGGAUUCCUGCAGACUUUCUUCGACAGCCUGAAGUCCAUCGUCACGAGCUAUGCCUCGUACGUCAUCGACCCGGCCGCAGCGACCCUCAAGGCCACGAGCCCCAAGAACGCCGACGAGCGCGAGCUAUGGCGCAAGAUCCUGAGCACGCUCGCCAAGUGCUUCGAGCACGACCAGGACGACUUCUGGCAGGCGCCCGCGCACUUCUCGGCCGUGGCGCCCGUGCUGACGGCGCAGCUGCUGCACGCGGCGGCGGGCACCGUCGACCUGGCGCACGACCUGACGCCGGCGCUGGUCGAGCUGGCGGCGGCGGCCGACUCGCAGGACCACCACAAGGAGCUCAACGGGGCGCUGCUGCGGCACCUGCGCUCCGAGCACGCCGGCGUGCGCCUCGCCGCCGUGCGCGCCGAGCAGCGCCUCACGGACCGCCUCGGCGAGGACUGGCUCGCCAUGCUGCCCGAGAUGCUGCCCUACAUCAGCGAGCUGCAGGAGGACGACGACGAGGACGUCGAGCGCGAGACCCAGCGCUGGAUCGUCGGCAUCGAGGGCAUCCUCGGCGAGAACCUCGACGCCAUGCUGCAGUAG